CUGCAGCGAGUGGUUCCAUGUAGAGUAGAGAGAGAGAGUCGACAUCCUCGUCUUGUUCUCCUGUGCUGAAUCUUGAUGACAUCACACUGUUGCUCUCGAGGGUUUUUUUCAGGGUUUGUGUCAUUAACAUCGGAGGAGCGUGGCUCAGCAGCCACUUUUCAGACAUGGCCAAGAAGGACUGUCCAGUGGGUGAAAAGUGGGACCUCCUCGUCAAACACUGCAUCUCCAGCAGGACCAUAAACAGACCUAAACCUACCGAGUGGCCCACAGAGCCGCCCCUGCCUCCCGUGGUCCAGGUGAAAUCCACGUCUCCUGCCCCUCAGUUAUCCUCCAUGAUGUUCCUGAGUCCGGCUCUGUGGAUCUGUGUGGGUCUGGGGACGGUGGUGACCAUCCUGAUCGCGACUCUGUUCUUCAUUUACAGAAAACACACCAGGACGAGCAGAACCCCGGACGACUCUGAGAAGCAGCGUGAGCCGGUGGUUCUCCCCUCGCAGCCGCCCUGCAGCGCUCACCUGCACCCGGGCGCCCAAACAGGAUGGGAGUGGGAGGAGGACUUCACCACCUGUCGGUGCCCCCCAAUGCAUGCUGGGACGCGGGUGGAGAGAGGACUGGAGCACAGAGUCCCCCUCCCUGCCACGGAGCUGGGUGGGACGGUGUUAGUCACCACCAAAACUGUGUAGAUGUGUGUGUGUGUGUGUGUGUGUGUGUGUGUGUGUGUGUGUGUCUUCACUGCAUGCACUCUACACUUCGUGGUUAGUUUUUCUCAUUUUGAUUCACAUUUUGGAUCUCUUUAUUCUCCACCAUAUUUUGAUGGUUUUCACAGAAGUUCUGAAGCGGACUUUUAUCCGUUUGUUUUCUUGAACUCUGUUUAGAGAACAAGCUCGUUUCCUCUCAGAUGUUAAACACAGACAUGUAUCAGGAAGUUGACUCGUGUGAGAGACUGCGCCUGGAUCAGGAGCGGUAGAGUCAUUGUGGUGACUCCACACACUGGAGGAUUGUUUGGACACAUAAUCAGUUUUGACAUACCUCAUGUAGCCAGUCUUAGUUUACUCGAGAAGGCGUGAAAAUAAAACAUGGAUGCAUGUUCACUUCAGACUUCUGAACAUUUUAGAUCAUAUUUGAAUUGUUUUUUUGCAGCCGUCUUUUUUAAGAGGUCGCUGCACUGUUUUUCAAAGGAGCAGAGAUGUGGAGUCUCCUAGUGUGUUCAGUUUCCUGUUCUUUACUGUGAAGUGUUAUUAAAAGUUUAAACUGCUCUGAA